UCGAGCGUGCCACAUGGAUUGACUAGUGAGGGCAUUAUAAGGAGCCUCAUCCUGACGAAGUUCGCCAUCCCUACCCGCCCAGUGAGAAGGAAAGAAGAGUGAGAAGAGAGAGAGGGAGAGAACAAUGGCAGGAGGUGGUGAUGCCAACCCAGUUUUCCCACGGCUACCAAGGAUCAGCUCUGCAUUCUUUGGUCAAACAACGUUUCCAUGGCCUCACACGCGAAAAAAAAGUGCUGCUCAUCGCUUAACAGCCAAUCCGCUUCACGAGAACCGGCCACCUGCCCUCAUGCAAACAAGCCAAAAGCCACGAGUCCUCGUGGCACAGGAUACACGAGCGGCACUUCCAACGCCUCUCUUCUCUACCUUCCUAAAACUCUAUUCCUUUGCUCUGACCGAACUGUUUUGGCUUGCAGGAACGGCCUGGCCAUUCGCCGACGGGAUCAACGCGAGCCAGACGGGUCCCGCCGGAGUCCUGCAGGCCGGUUCAGCCGCCGGGACCACGGUCAGUCCCGGCGGGGCCGCCACCGUCCCCGCAGCCCAGCCCCCGGUCAACCUCCGGGGACAGGAGCAUUUCAUGCCGAUCGCCAACGUCAUCCGUAUCAUGCGCAUGAUCCUCCCGAUGCAUGCAAAGAUUUCCGACGACGCCAAAGUGACGAUCCUGGAGUGCGUGUCGGAAUACAUCAGCUUCAUCACCGGCGAGGCCAACCAGCGGUGCCAGCGGGAGCAGCGCAAGACCAUCGCCGCCGAAGACGUGAUCUGGGCCAUGGGAAAGCUUGGCUUCGACGACUACGUCGGUCCCCUCAGACGGUACUUGCAGCGCUACCGUGAGAUUGAGGGCGACCACCGCAUCGGCCUCCAAGGCGGCGACCAUUUUCCGAUCGUCAAGCAACGCCGCCACCCCCAGAACACAGCCGCCCCAUCGGUCUGUUCACAGCCGCCCCUGAUGUGCUCAUCGAUGCCCCGGCUGCUACCUUCAUCGAGCCUCAUGAUGCCACCAACUGCGCCACCCCUUCGCUUCAACCAUCUCUGUGGCGAAGGCUCAGGUUCGGGCUACUUCCUCGGGAUGUAUGGGGGUGACGAUGGUGCGGGGGCGAGCGACUCCCAGGCUCCGCCCAUGGCUGACUUCUUUCCCUAGAAAUCGUCAAGUAUAUAUGUGUAUAUAUAUAUAUAUAUAUAUAGUAGUGUGCAGAUGACUGGAGGGUAGGGAAGGUCUUCUCUGUGGAACUAGUCACAAAGAUGAGAAAGUGGACGAGCUUUGUGUGUUUUUGACUUGGGGAGGGGUGAUACUUGGGGUUUGUUGGGAAGGGAUGGGAACUGGAACUUGUGGGAAGAGGGUGGCGAACAUGAUCAUUUUAGGGGUGUGGUUUUCUCCCUUCGUCGCACUGUGAUGAGUGGAGACUAUGUUUUUCAAAUUAGCUAAUGAAAGAAGACCAACUUCGGCAC